AUGGACCGUGUGGCCGAGAUAACCCUGGAGGAGGCGGCUCCUGGGACCAACCAAGCCUCCAGGAUGCACCUCAGGGAGGAUUUGAGGAGGAUACGGUGCGCGGUGCUGCUGUGCCUGCUCUCCGUGCUGGUCCUGGCGCUGCCCACUGCCUACCUGCUGGUUGGAAACCUCGGAGCCCCCAGCUCCUGCGCCGGCCAGGUCACAGAAGAGAGGGGCUCUCGCUUUCUGAAGCAACGGGCAGUAGGUACUGUUACAGAUACACUUUCCAGUGCAGAAAAGCCAAGAGCGCACCUGACAGUGAAGAAACAAGAUCUCACCAACACCGUGGGAAACCAUCUGCCCAUCCUGCAGUGGGAAGACAAGCGAGGCUUGGCCUUUACCAAGAACAACCUGAGUUAUUCCAGCAACGCACUGGUGAUACCUGUGUCUGGGGACUACUAUGUCUACGCUCAGGUCACUUUCCGAGGGCCCAUUGAAAGUCACAGUAAAACAAAUUCUGUCACUGAGAUCAUCACCAAAGUCACUGACAGUUACCCCGAGCCCACCCAGCUGCUGACCAGCACCAAGACCCUCAGUGAAAAUGGAAACAGCUGGUUCCAACCCAUUUAUCUGGGCGCCGUGGUCUCCUUAGAAGUAGGAGACAAGCUAAUGGUUAACGUUAGCGACAUCAAGCUGGUGGAUUACACUAAGGAGCACAAAACCUUCUUUGGUGCCUUUUUACUGUAG